GACCAUCUUGCUCUCCUCUACUUUCAUCACAUGGCUGCUCCCGCUCUCAAGUUCGCCGCCGUCAUGCUCCUGGCCGCACUCUGCGCGGCCACGCUUGCCCCGGCCGUGUCGGGGCAGCCGACGGACGCGCUCACAGCGUGCAUCGACCGCUGCGGCUGUGUGCCCUGCCCGACUGGGAAGGUCUGCAUCACUGUGUGCACGCCCCCACCACCCUGCGCCGCCAGGUGCCGCUGCACCUAUUCCGGCACGGGCUGCUAGGCCUGCGGCGACCCUGGCGACUCCGCCUGCGCAUGCCAUGGCACCGUACCUUUGUACGUUCUACUGUCUAUUGUAAGCCUUGUGUAUCCAUGUAAUGUAUUGCCUGUGCGUGUGUUUGUGUGGUAAUAAAGUAUCAACGGGUCCAUCUGUUGGGGAUGUUGGUCAGUUA